UCCUGCCUUUUCUUUUGCAGACUGGCAAAUCACUACCCUGGUGUUAAUCCUGACAGCUGCCACCAUCACUCUGCUGUCGUUCCUCAUGUCCCUGAUAGCCUUCUGCCUGGGGAACUAUAAAUUCUAUUAUCGGAUAGUGUCGAUUCUUCUCUUUGCAGCAGUGGUUCUCCAGAUCUGCGCCUUGAUUCUCUACCCCAUCAAGUUCAUCGACAGCAGCCCGCUGAGAAGCUACCAUGAGUUCAACUGGGGAUAUGGGUUGGGUUGGGGUUCGGCCAUCUUUAUGCUGGGAGCAGCCAUCCUUUACUGCCUACGAAAUGAUGUCUAUGAAGACGUUUACUUCUAGGGCAACUUGUAAGAAGGUCCCUGGAUUAUCAGAUCUGGAAGGCCUCUUCAGUAAACAAGAGAGCAACAGAACAGGAAGGACGAUGGGAUUCAUGGGAAUUCUGGGCACAUUCAAGCACAUCAUGGAUGGACAUUUUAACCAGCCUCUCGCCAAGAGGUGAAGACGUUGAAGGCCUUCAGUUGGACACUCUUCCACCAUCACCAGGACUUGUCGCUGCCAGCCAGCCGCACUCCGCUCCAGCACAACCUGCUUAAUAUUUCUCGUGUAUUUUUUCUUUUUUUAAAAAAAAAAAUACUAUUUUUCUUUACUUUGAUCUUCUAUGUAUGAAAUUUUGUCUUUAUUUUAUUUAUGAGAGGGUAGUAGCUCCUACGGCGAAGAGCAGCUUGGCUUAGCUUUUAUUGAGUGGCGUCGUGUGCAGAUCUUGAACGCAAAGAAGGGAAGUUGUGUGAAUGGAAGGAGGUUCUGUAAAUGCAUGGAUGCUAAAUCCACUUGGUACCGAGAAACCCAAAGCACAGAAAAUAUACGAGUUUAUGAGCCACUGAUGAAUAAAACCAUGGAAGAAAUGA